GGUAUUUCCAGAGAAUGUCUAAUAAAUGGGCUCUGGUAUUUCUUUUCUUUUAAUUUUAUUUUUACCCAGAAUGCUUAUGGGCUUCCUGUACGAUUUCCUGGAUACAUGACGCCAUUGACACAAAUCGGUUACUAAGACCGAUAUUAUGGAAGCCCUGUUUUUAGUGUUUAUUUUAAUAUACUCUGAAAACACUUGCUCCAAUGCAUACAGUGAGAACAAUAGCGACUUUAUCAAUACAACUGACUUAAUUGGACUACAGAAUUUCUCGGAAUUUAUGGACAGUACCACCGUUUCGUUGCCAACAUCAACAGAUACUUUGCCCACUGAAACAGACACUUCGUUCCCAGAUCAAACUGGACUGAGCGAGACCACUCCUGGAAAUGAGGCAACAGAUCUUCCUACAGCGUCAACAACACAAAGUGCGCCUACAGUAGCUCCACGGGAACCUCGUCAACUUUUCAGUUCUCUACCUACCCCGGAUUAUUCUGUUCCCAGCCUGUGCCCAUGUAAUCUGCACAAUGGGGAAUGUGAGGUGAAUUGCUGCUGUGAUCCUGAUUGCACAGAUGAAGUGUCUCUCUUCACUUCCUGCUCCGUUGAGAAAGUCAUCGUCAACCCUAAAUUGUGUAGUCAAGAUGUGGCUUCCUAUUCCUUGAGAACCAGUCCAGAUGGUUAUGCCAGUGUGCAGUCCUCUGUUGAUAGAGAGGUCAACUCUGGAGUAUUCUGCAUACAGAAAGCCAACUAUGAUGCAGGCUUGUCUUAUGCCACUCCAGACGUGCCCACAGAUGUCAAUUUUGACUCCCUCUUCCAUCAGUUUGUUGAAUUUUUCUUCAGCACUUCAGAAGGGAGCACUGGGUCAAACCAACAGGAUUCAGGACUCCCAUUUGGAUACCUUUAUGGUGAUUUGAUCCAAACCGAAGAUGAGAUGGGGCAGAGGGGAAACCUCCUCCUGCCUGCUUCAGCUGGGACUUCCUAUUGCUUAGAUGCCAAUCCUGCAGCAUUUCUACAGGAUCAGAAAACCACAUGUAUGCGAAACUUUGACUUGGUAAAUGACUGCACCACACUGGGUGCACUAAGUUUGCAGAGCUAUGCUGCUUUCCAAGUUGUCUCGGGCGAAGUUACUCGUGCCACUCUGGUGCCAGUGGAGGUGGAAUCCAUUGUCUUGCAGUCUUGGGAAGGUGUGCAGACUCCAGUGGAUCCCUCUGACAACUCCAGCUACUCUCCUCAACUAGUGAACCCGACAGGUGCUUCCUCUCCUGUGUGCAAUAACGUGGUGCUUCAGGUCCAGUAUGUAGUUGUGUUCAGCGACAUCGGGGAAAUUAAGAAUGUGACCACAGCAUUUAUCCUGGGUGCUGUCAGGAACAAUAUGAUGCCACUGCAGCAAACUUUUCAGAUAGAAUUUAUGCAGGAGUAUGCGAAAAAACCAUUGUUGAGAUUCAGUGGCAAUCCUGGAUACAUGGUAGGAUUACCUCUAAUCGCUGGCACAAAAACAGCAAAUGGGAUUUCCUUGAGAACUGACCCCAAGACAGGUGUCACAGUCAUCCGUAGUUCUAGGGGUCAGGACUGCCUGUCAGGCAGCAUGGAUCGCUCUCCUGUGCUCUUUGGAGUAGAUACAGUGUCUGGCUGCACCUUCAGGUUGACAGAAGCUUCCAACUGCUCAGUUCUAUCCGAGACUCUCAUUGGUGUUCUUAAAGGAAAGAACUUUCCAGAUUAUGUGGCUUCUUUCGGAAAUUCCCCUCCUAAGAACACUUUGGACUGGGUACCAAUCAAGAACCAAACUACAGCAUCAGGUUCCAGAGAGUGUAACGUACCACUGUCUCUUCAUACUGAAGUGAGAUGGACCAAGUAUGGGUCCCUGGUGAAUCCCCAAGCACAAAUUGUCAGUGUGACUGAAAUAAUUGAAACCAACACUAGCAGCCUGGUCCUCCUAUCAGGUGCCAAUGGCUUUGUGCCUGUCACCACCUCUGUGGCAUUUGUGGAUGUGUCUGCACCAGCAGAGCCUGGUUAUAGGGCGCCACCUACCAUCGAUGCUAAGCUGCCCUUUGACUUCUUCUUUCCCUUUGUGUGACAGAUCUAUGUCUCCUAUAAGGUCAAGUUCCUGCGCUCUCAAGGGAUUUUACCUACCUCAACACACUUCCGAAAUGAUUUGACCAAAAGACGACAUUUGUAGGUCAAGAAUGCUUUGUUUGAUUAUGAGAAUGUGCAAGUACAGUAUAAAUGUGUCUACAUUAGAUACAUGUAUAAAUUAUUUUGUAUACUUUGUGGAUGUGUGUGCUGAUAUGUUUUGUAUAUUGCAAUAAAUCACUUUGAUCACACA